CUCACAGACUGACGAAAGUGAACAUGCUCAUCAGUUACUUUGAAGAGGUGGAGUUGAAUCAGAUAAAAGACACAAUGAAUGAGAGAGUAUUCCACAGUGUUUGGUUUAUCGUGGAGCUCCUCCCAGGGUGAGGAUAUAUAAUCUCCAUCUGAAGCUGUGAAAGGCCACUCUCUGUAGAGAAGAGCGAACGUCCUCUUUUUCAUAGAAGAUGAAGCUGUUGGCUAUUGUGCUGAUGCUGCUCACUCUGGGAGCUGUGGGGAAGGUGGUGGAGAACUUUAAAGACUGCACAGACUUCUUUUGGAUGAGUCAACCACCAUUCUUUUACAGUGAAUCUGCCAAUAAACUUCAGAUUCUACCAUCAGAUAAACACAAGACCAUUUGUCAGGCAUUCAAUAAUAAAUAUUAUUUUGCAACGCUGUAUGAUACUGUAAGAAAGAUUCCUGUGUAUUCUGCCUAUAAGUAUACAGGUUCAUCAGAAUGCAAUAUGAAACGGCCCUCGUGGAGAUCUGAUCCUGAGCUUAAGGAUGAGCAGGCCUCCAACAAUGACUACGAAAACACCAAGUAUGAGAGAGGUCACCUGUAUCCGGUCUGCCACGCUCCCAAUUCAGAAGCUGUGAAGAGCACCUUCACCCUCACCAAUGCAGCACCUCAGAAAUGUGACUUCAACAAGAUGUGGUAUCACAGAGUGGAAAACAAAGUGAGAGAAACUCUGAAAAAGUGUCCCCAAAACACGGCUUACAUAGUAACAGGAGUUGUGCCGAGUGACACAGAGAAAAUGGGCGUGGUCACUGUGCCGAGUCACUUCUGGACUGCAUAUUAUGGGGGUAAUAAUUGUGCAUUUGGUGGCUACAUUAUGGGUAAAGAUGAAGAUGAUGAAACUAAAUAUGAGGAUUUGAAUGAAUUUGAGGAUGAACUGACUAAACUGUACAAAAGAAAAGUCCAAGUGUUCAGUAAAAAACAAGCACGAACAAGUUAAACGUAUCCUGUGAAAGAUGAUUACAGACUGAGCUUCAGCAGCUCAGUAAAGCUUACAGCGCUGUGCUGAGUGGAAGGUCGGAGAUUCUGUUCAUGUAUCAGAGUAAUUGACUGUAGUUUGGGAAAUGGGACUUGUGUGUGUGGUUAAUAAAGUGAAAUGUCACAUUCUUAGUUGAAAACAGUUAGAAAUGUACUUAUUGUCUGUAUGAAAUAUAAUACUGAUCAUAAUAAAACAGCAUAUAUUGGAGAACUGCAGAGCUUACAAAUACUAAGCACAUAAAAGGGUCUUUUUAAAGAGUGCAUUAAACCGUUACACUGAACUCCAACACAAAACAUGAAAAUAGACAAACUGAAUGUGUAAAAACGGAUCACAGCUGAUUCCCAUCUGAGCUGAAGUCCGCUCAACUUCUAAAACUGUUCCGUUCGCAUUGUACCAGGCAUUAAAUUAGAGUCAAGUGCUUAUUCAAACAUGUAUAAAGGACAUGAAGAGUGAUGCAGAUCAGAGAGAACAUGUGGCCAAAUUAUGCAAAUCAGGGACCUGCGAUUUUUCUUGUUAUUUUCCUGAAUGUUCUGGAUUUUUUAAGUGUGUAUUACUUCAUUUGUUCCUAUACAACGCAUGUUUG